AUGAGCCUUCAAUACGACACACUGGAUCCUAACCAACGACAAAUCCGACUGCUCUCCAUUCACCCCUCAAUAAUCGGAAGGGGUCCGAUCCAUUGCUCCCUCCACACCGUGUCUCUUGAUGAUUCCCCAGAGUUCGAAGCCAUUUCAUAUGUUUGGGGAACGGAAGAUGCCACCGAGCUUAUAUUCCUCGAUGGCAAGGAAUUCUAUGUAAAGCCCAACGUCGCCAAGGCUCUAUGUCAACUUCGACGUACAUCCAAGCGUCGGGAUGUAUGGGUCGAUGCUAUUUGCAUCAACCAGUGCGAUAUUGACGAAAAGAACACCCAAGUACCCUUGAUGGCCACAAUAUACACCACGGCGGAUUGCGUGGUGGCGAUGCUGGGAGAUGCCACCCCAGAGAUCGAGCUGGCGGUGGCAUGGGCAGAGAGAUAUAGGGAGAAGAGAUUGACCAAAGGGGCCUUACACUGGUGGUGGCUCGAUAUAGCGAGAGUCUUUUCUGAUAAGGCUAAAGUCAACAGGGUUUAUAUGGACUGCGGUACCUUACGAGGCAUGAUCCAGAUCAUGACUAUGCCUUACUGGUUUCGAAUGUGGACGUACCAAGAAUAUCUGCUGCCAAAGCGCCAGCCACUUGCUGUCUGUGGGAAUUUGAAAUUCAAAAUCUCGACAGUGCUAGAGGGGCACUCUGCAUACUUGAAAAUAUCGGCCGCCAGCCACGGAUUCGGGUGGGUUGGCAACUUACCAUCUGAGGAUGUAGCGUCUCUGAAACGGCUAUGGGGUACGACCUGCGAUGAGUUUCACGAGGUCUGCAAACACGACGAAGUAUGCUUCCUCAGAGGUAAUCAGAGGUUUGAUUAUCGGUAUGUUCCAGGGAACCAUUUCGAGCGAACAAGUCAUCGGAAAUGCCAGAAUCCCAAGGACAGAAUCUAUGCCCUCUAUGGUGUCAUGCCGGACCUCCAGGAGGCUUUUCCUCCAGAUUAUAACAAAACAUUUGAGCAGAUUGCGCUGGAAACAACGAUUUGGAUGAUCGGUCAAGAGGAGUCCAUGUUUCUCAUGCUAGCUCCUUGUGCUGCACCCGAUACAUGGAGCACUCGGCUACCUUCCUGGGUGCUGGAUUAUCGCCCAGGCUCCGCACAUUUCAUAACGUCUUACCGGAACCUUCGUCUAUUGAAUUCCAUGGUAUUACCUGAACACUUUCAAAAAGCCAAGCCACCCAACAAUGGAUUAGAGCAUAUGAUAACUAAGGUAUCUGACAAUAAAUUAAUUCUACACCUCCCUGCUAGGCGAUUCGCUAAAUGCCAGGCUUUGUUGCAAUUUUCAACGGAUACACGCAUGAUUGCAAGUCAACUCAUUAAGGUCUUUGAGAUGAUAGAGGAGCUGUGGAAAAAUAUCGAUUGUAUCAAAAGCUUGCAACAACAUCUUCUCGACACAUGGUCCGCUUAUCACCUUGGCUCGGGGAAUAUUUUAGACGUUAAGAUACGUGGUAUGCUAUCGAAGAUAGCGGAGCUAGAUCUACCAGUUACCGAGGGGGAAAUGUGGGAGAGAGAGGGUGUUCCGACGGCUAUUUUCGAACGUCUCCAAAUUCUUGGAGGCCACUGGCUUUUUCUAGCGCAUAAUUUCCAUCUCUCCCUCUUUGGAAUCAGUCGAGAGACAGUGGAAGAUGAGGACAUUUUCACUAUCCCGUAUCUCCUGAAUCGCCCGCUCAUACUUCGCAUCAGUGACACCGUGGUUAACAAGGGCGAGAAACCGUACUAUAAAGUAGUUGACCAGGCCAUCGCGGGCAAUGUAUACCACCGUUCAUUGCGUGAAGCUUUCACACAACAAUCUAUAGAAGAGUUUCUUGUGAUUUGA